UUCGACGCCGGCAGCGACGCCGGCGUCUGUUUACAGCGCAUCGUUUUGUUUUUUUGUUUUUUGUUCGGUUCAGAUCGCUCUGAAGCUUAUAUGUAUAUGGUGGAUCUGGUUUAACUGGACGCAUUCGCCGACCGUCGACGUUCCAGAUCAUUGCACGCUCCCGUCAAAAGCGAUCCACCUCGCCGGAACAGGAGAACAACAAACAAACAGCAUCGACAUGCUACCGCCCCCGCAUCAGGACGCCUGCAAUCCCGGCUUCUGCGACUGCCCCUUUCCCAACUCCAUCGAGGUCACUAGCCACAAGGGCCACAUUCCCGACCUGGUCAGGUGUCGCUGCGGCGAGGAUGUGCCGGGUAACGUUAAUCCCUGGAAGUGGCAGGCGGCAGAGGACUCGGAUGCCAUAGUGACGGAUAGGGACAUUAUUUUCCAUCCCACCUACAGUCAGGGAACGGCGAUUGUGAGGGGGGAACGCGCACUGAAGCCGGGCAUGGUGCACUUCUGGGAAAUGCGCGUCAUCACGGCUCUAGCCGGCACAGAUGUGAUGUUCGGCAUCGGCACUGAGAGCGUUAAUCUAGGGCAGUUCAAGUUUCACUUCGUCUCGGCCCUUGGCACGAAUGCCCAAUCCUGGGGCUUCUCGUACUCGGGCAAGGUCCAGCACUGCGGGGAGCAGCUGCCCUACGGCCAGAAGUUCUCCCAGGGCUGCCUGAUUGGUGUGUCCUUGGACCGGUCACGUGGCCACCUGGAGUUCUACCUAAACCGGAGGGCGUUAGGUGUGGCCUACACGAAUGUGCCCACGGAUCCAGAUGUCAACAUAUAUCCCAUGGUCUGCUCCACGGCGGCCAAGUCUGUGAUAAGACUGAUUAACUGUACGUCCCAGCCGGUGACUCUUCAGCUCCGCUCCUUCCAAGCCCUGUCCAAGCAGCCGCACAAGCUCGCUGAACUACAGCAGAUGCCGGGACUCAAGAGCAUUCUGCAAUCCUACUGGUUCUUAGCCCCGCCCGUGCGCUACUCCCGGAGAUCGCAGGAAACCGAUUUGGACUUGGGUGACGAGGCUGUCCUGUCCAGCUCCAAGUUAAGGCUGGGCCGCAAGCAGAAGUACCGCGAAACCGACGAGGCAAGCUUAGACGAGGAAGACUUGUACGCCAAUGCCCACAAGAUCGCGUUGCGGCGCAGCGACAGUGGCGACGAGGAACACGCCUCUUCCCUCCAUGAGAUGUGCGACGAGUACUUUCACUACCUUCUUUAGAAUGUAGAACUAAAUAUUUUAAAACAUGUUAGGUAUGCAUUUAAUUAAAGAGUCAUUAUUAACAUAUGUA